AUGGGGAACUCUCUGCUGAGGGAAAACAGAUGGCAGCAGAACACUCAAGAAAUACCCUGGACUCUGGAAAACCAAAGCUUCGAACAGAGAACAUCCAGAUGCUGGGACCACUACGUUGCCGAAGGGUGUUUCUGCCUUCCGUGGAAAAAAGUAUGCAUUUGUAAAGCAAAGCCAGAUUCCUCAAAGAAGAAUAAAGGAAUGUCAUCUGCUCCUGUGCAGGACAAUGCUGAUCAGAGCUCCUCGGAGGAUCUCUGCUACACCCACAUUAAUCAUGUCGUCCUUGGGAGAAAGCUAUCAGGGAUCUCCAGUGAGGGGUUCUAUGAGAACGUUUCCCCUAAGACCAAGACAUCCAGGAAGUCCUUGGGAGAAACCGAGACUUCAUACGCACUUCUCCGGGUGCCUUCCUCCCCAAGGCAUUUGUCUUCCCCAGAAGAUGAAUAUGAACUUGUAGUCCCUAGUAGAAUCUCCUUCCACUCCCUGCAACAGCCACAUCUACCUCUGCUACCGUCAAAGACUCAGGUUUCCUAUUUAUAA